AUGGUGCCCGCAUUACGUCCACAAGAUGCUUCGAUCUUGAAGCACCAUUGGAGAUUCGGCACGCUAUCUAUGCAUAGAUUCGUGCCAACAACUUACACGCCCAUCAACAUCCGCAGGGUGACGCUGCGCCUGAAGAAGCUUCACACAAAGAGCGUCACUGCGGCUAUGCUCGGCCGGAAUGAGUGGAAGAUUCGCUGCUACAACGCACUGGGCAAGAUGGGGAUACGAACCGAGCCUUCGGUCUUCUCCUGGAAGAAACUAGAGAAGACAGACAGUGGACACUUGGUAAAGGGAUUGAAGCGCCCCUUAAAGCACCGCUGA